AUGUGUUCCGCUAUUCCUGAUCUUUGUGUAUCCAUGUUCCUGCAGAGUCUGAUGUUAUUUGCCGAAUUUUCGUCCUGUUUCACCGAUAUACUUCUGCUGACAGUUGCCGCAUUUGAUGCGAUAAACUCCAAAGCAUUCAAGUUUGUCAGUCUUCUCGUGCUGCGUCGGCAGACUGGUGAAAAGAAAUGGAACAUCAGUGUGAUAACAAAGGAGAAGAAAACACUUUUCACCAGUCUGCCGGCGCAACACGAGAAGACUGACAAUUUUGAAUGCUCGGGAGUUUAUUGCAUCAAAUGCGGAACUGUGAAACAGGAAGAAAAAUCGGCCUACGAAUCAAGGAACAUCAAAGACUCUGCAGAAAAAUGGAUACACAAAGAUCAGAAAUAG